AAUAAUCAUACAUUAUUCUUUGUAGAGUAUCCCAAAAAAGAAAGAAGAAAAUAUCCUUAUAUAUGUAUUACGAUGCAACGUACAAAAAUAUUGAACUUUAUUCAAAAUAAAAUCUCACUAAAAGCUAUUCCAAGGGAUGUAAAAAUAACUGAUAACGUUGCUUCCACAUUACCAAAUGUUCAAACACCACCUAAAUAUACACUUGUUUCUCUGAAAUCAUUCCCAUCAUUGGAACCUACGACAUGUAUUCCUGUAUCAACUUCUAUAUUGGGUGUUCCAUUGAGACGUGACAUACUUUGGAGAGCCGUUGUGUACGAGAAUGACAAUAGACGUGUCGGUGCAUCCAAUCCACCAGGUCGUAGUGACAAUGGUUAUUCCAGAAGAAAACUUAGACCACAGAAAGGUACAGGUCAUGCCAGAGUCGGAGACGCAAAUUCACCAACUAGACAUAAAGGUGGUAGAGCUUUAGCAAGAAAUGCACCAAAUGAUUAUUCGACUGAACUACCUAAGAAAAUAUAUUCACUAGCUAUAAAUACUGCAUUAUCAUAUCAAUAUAAAAAAGGACAUUUAAAUGUUAUUGGUGGAGACACCAUUACUGAGCAACCAACCAACUCAAGUGACUUAAGCAUUUUGGACAUUAUUAAGCAAGAAGAUAAAUCAUUCGAAUAUCACACACAUAUUAUAAAAAAAUUCAUUGCCCAACAUAACUAUCAAGACAAACGGCUACUAUUCAUUACUCAUGAUAUAAGAAAUAAUUUACUUAGGUUCACUGAACAGUAUCAAGACAAGAUUGAUAUUAUUGACUGGGAAGGCAUUGAGGUCAAUGACAUUCUAAAGGCCUCACGUAUAUUCAUAGAACUAGGUGCUCUAAAAUCUUUAGCUCUUAAGCAAGCUGAAAAUUUACAUUUGAAGGAAUAA